AUGGCUUCCUUCGAAGAGCUUCACCAUCAUUUGGGGGUUUUAGGGUUUGGAAGACGAGGGUUAGAUGAUAUUGACGAUGAGGGUUUGAUUGAGACAAGCAAACCUGGACAAUUCUUUGAGGAAGAAGAAGGCGGGAGAAACAGAAAGCGGGAGAAAGCAGGAGACUGCAGAUCUGGAAAUUGA